UUUUUUUAGUAAAAGCACUAUGUAAAUGAUGUAAUUUAAAUGUUUGGUUGCGAUGAGAAUAGAAUUUCUUUUCAUCAGAGCUAUGAAUUCAUUACAAGUUUUACGUAUGCCCUACGUUUCCUGAAUUUGUGUGAACCUUACUUAGUCGAUUGUUCUGAAGGGUUUUCAUAAAUUGCUGUGAAGAUGGCAGUUUCGGACUUGGAUCCACUGUUUGUGAAGGGAUUGCGCCUCCUUCAUUCAAAAAGCAAAGACUCUGCAGAUCAGCUGAAGAUGUUGUUGGAUGAUUUGAUUGCGCAGUCUAAGCAGUCUGCUCAUUCUAAAGAAAGAAUUUAUACCUCAGUCAAAUUGGAAGGAGAGAGCAAGAUCAGCAUUAAGAAAGCUCCACGUGAUCCUACGGAAGCAUCUAGUUACAGUUCAAAACAUUCGCUUAGUGACAACUGGGAGAAGAAGGUCGAGAAACGGCCUUUUGAGAAGAUGAAACAAGAUAGUCCAGAGGGCUUUCACGAAGCCAAGAUUCCUAAAUUGGAAUCACCCCAAGUUUACGCCUACUACCCCUCAAGUCCUGAUCCCCCCAAACUAGACCAGUAUGUGAUGAAGGGGGAGGAGGACACAGAUAGUAGUGACGAGAAUGCGGAUGCAGAUGAAGUUGCCAUGGGCAUGGGACUAGCUUGUGUCAUUUGCAAUCAAAUAGAUGUUACUCAAGGUAAUCAACUGAUAGAAUGUCAAGAAUGCCAUAGUCUUUAUCAUCAAGAAUGUCACAGGCCUCCAGCUUCCGACUAUGACGUCAAUGACCCUCGUCGUAUUUGGUACUGUGCCAAGUGCGUUAAAAACAUGAAGAAAAUGGCUACUAAAACCCAAAAAACUGCCAAAUCCGUUGUUACAGUUGUACCAAAGGAACCUGUAUCUCAAGCUAAAUCAGUAAAAGUUGAAAGCUCACCACCAUCGCUAAUGCUACCAUUCAAACGUGCGGAGCUGAAACCUUCCAUAUCGCAAGGCAACACCACCCAAGCUCCGGCCAACAAGCCGAUAGGCUUGGCGGGGCUGGCGGCAAAUUUCGGCGGCAGAACUACCACCUCGACGGUAUCGUCGACCUCCAACCCAUCUGCACGGCCCCUGAAAACACCCGCAGUACCUAUCGGAGCGAAAUCUCAAGGCUCCUUCUCCGCCGCAAGCACGGCCAAGACACCCCUGUCCGGUUCUACCGCUCUCUUAUCGAAGACCCCCUCCAGCACCUUUCAGACUCUUUCUUCGACGACCACGACUUCGCUCUCCGCUUCGUCUGCACAAAAGGCCUCUACCACGAGCUCCGUGACGAAGGGAUUGGGGUUGUUGAGUAGUGCAGCAGCCACCGCAUCCAAUCGAGGGGCUUCUUCCUCUCAGUCCGGCAACGGCAACAGCGGCCACAAAGUCCCCAGUUGCAGUCCCCUGAUGAGUGCCGAUAAGAGACUGCAGAUCAUGAAGAAGAAGGCCUCGAAACUUCAAGAGAAGCGUAGACUGUCGUCAAAAUAGUAUCCAAUUUGAGGGGUCACGGUUCCUUUCAAACACUUUUCUUUAAUUUAAAUAAAUUUUAUAUUUCUUUGAAACCAUAAC